AUGGAUGGAUCUGAUACAAAGCACAAGGUCUUGCCCGCGUGCCCCCGCGAGUUUCAACCAGACGAGCGUCAUUUCUGCAGAACCACGUACGGGUUCGGGUACGACCAGGAAAACGACGACUGCAAAAUCAUCAAGGUUAUGCUCUACAUGUUCAAGGCGCUCUCCCUGUGGUCGUCCGAGGACUGGAUUUACAGCUUGAGGUCAAAUUCUUGGAAGAGGGCCAACGGAGUGCCCUAUACUCAUCGCCAAUGGCCUGCCCAUGUCAACGGUAUCCUGCACACUAUUGUCCAGACGUGGCCCAGCCCGGGUCUGUCUGGAGUGCACAUAUAUGGCUUCAGCCUCGUGCGCGAGAAGGACUUUGAGGUUAAGAUGCCCCAGAAGAUUGAAAUUGAGGGGAUUGAUUAUUUGAGUGUGGAUGCGUUUGAGGGGCGGCUUUCUCUCGGCUAUGCUUAUGAGUCCCGGUUCAAGAUCUGGGUUAUGGUGAGGUACGGGGUGUGGAACCCGCUGAUCCAAUUCGCAAUUAAUCCCGAUGAUUUCCUGAGGCCGCUUACUUUUGUAGACAAUGGGAAUAAGCUUCUGCUAAACCAUAGUUGCAAGAAGCUCGUUGUGUGCGACUUGGAGAAUGCCCAAGUUUUAGCUCUGCCUUUCGAGUUUUUCCCUAUAUUUUGUCUCGAGACCCUUGUAUCACCUCACACUUGGGACAAGGGGAAAAACUUGAUUGGGAAAAGUAAGAAGAAGAAGAAGAGGAACAAAAAGUGGACAUGGAAGACACGUGGUAUGGGAGCUGGGCGCAAGCUCAAGUCUCACCGCAUUAGGCAAAGGUGGGCCGACAAAGCUUACAAGAAAUCUCACCUUGGCAAUGAGUGGAAGAAGCCAUUUGCUGGUUCGUCUCACGCCAAAGGAAUUGUGCUCGAAAAAAUUGGUAUUGAGGCUAAGCAGCCCAACUCUGCCAUUCGUAAAUGUGCUCGUGUGCAGCUGAUCAAGAAUGGAAAGAAGAUUGCCGCUUUUGUUCCUAACGACGGUUGUUUGAACUAUAUUGAGGAAAAUGAUGAGGUGUUGAUUGCUGGAUUUGGAAGAAAAGGGCAUGCUGUUGGAGAUAUUCCCGGUGUUAGGUUUAAGGUGGUGAAGGUUUCUGGUGUUUCCCUUUUGGCCCUUUUCAAGGAGAAGAAGGAAAAGCCCAGGUCUUAA